AUGAGUAGACGUCAUUCGACGGCGUUGGAACAUAAAAGGCGUCAAGAAUCCCGUGCAUCUCAAGCAGUUUUUGACCCUGAAUCUGUACAGGUUCCUCGCAUUGUAAAUGAUGCUGAGGAGGAUGAUGAUAUGCGUGAGGCCAGAAUUGAUGAUGAUGAUCUGGAAGAUGAUGAUGAUAACGACGGUGGGGAUGAUAAUGAUGAUGAUGAAAAGAUUAUUAGGAAGAGGAUGAUGAUGAGAAUGAUAAUGACGAAGAGGAUGAGGAUGUCGAUGAGAUCCUCCGUCGCCGCGGUCACCGAGACAACCACCGUCCCGGCUCCUACUUCUGCCACUGCCGCCGCCGAGUCCACUGCUGGCGCCGAGUCCACUGCUGGCGCCACAAUCGCCUCCUCCGGUGCCAUAGCCUCCUCCGCUGACACAAACACCAACAUUUCCCAAUCUCCGGCUGCUGAGAAACCCGCUGCCACCAAUGCUGCUGCGUCUUCCGAUACUCCUGCUGGGGAGAAAGAAAAAGAAAAUGAAACCCCGAAAUCUCCCACCCGCCAGGACGCACCACCUAGCCCACCCCCAACAAAUGAUGGGGGCUCCAUGCCCUCCCCGCCUCAUCAAGAGGAAAGAUCCUGCCCUGGCGCCACCAUUACCUCUGAAGCAGCCCGGAUUGAGCAAGCUCCUGCUCCCGAGGGCGGCUCUUCAAGCUAUUACAAUAUGCUCCCCAACGCCAUCGAACCCUCAGAAUUCCUGCUCACUAACCUCAACCGCGACGCCAUAGAAAAAGAAGCGCUGAGCUGA